AUGGAUGCGGUGUACCAGAUCUUGAGAUACUUGAAGAGUGCACCAGGCAAGGGGUUGAUCUUUCGCAAGAAUGGACAUUUGAGUAUUGAGGGAUAUUGUGAUUCAAACUGGGCUAGUUGUGCCGAUGACAGGAAGUCCACGUCUGGAUAUUGCAUGUUUGUAGGAGGCAAUCUGGUCUCCUGGAAGAGCAAGAAACAGUCGGUAGUUGCGAGAUCCAUAGACGAGGCAGAGUACAAGGCUAUGGCUUUAGGUGUUGCAGAGAUGAUAUGGUUGAGAGCUCUGUUGGUGGAGCUCAAAAUGGACCAAGAGGCACAAAUGAAGUUGUGGUGCGACAAUAAGUCAGCUAUUAGCAUUGCUAAUAACCCUGUGCAGCAUGACAGGACCAAGCAUGUGGAGAUUGACAGAUUUUUCAUCAAGGAAAAACUGAAUAGCGGACUACUUAAACUAGGAUAUGUAACUACUAGAGAGCAAGUGGCUGACUGUCUCACUAAAGGGCUUAGUUCGUUAGAAUUGUCGAGACUAUGUGACAAGAUGGGCCUUGUCAAUGGAAGAUCUAUCCCUUUGGCUGCUGGAUUUGUUGGUCAGGCAGCUGCCAGAGAAGCUUCUGGUCUGGUAGUGGACAUGAUUCGCCAAAGAAAAAUGGCUGGACGAACACUUCUAUUUGCUGGACCUCCAGCUACUGGUAAAACGGCUCUUGCCCUUGCUAUAUCUCAGGAACUUGGGAGCAAGGUUCCAUUCUGCCCAAUGGUUGGAUCUGAAGUAUACUCCUCUGAAGUCAAGAAAACAGAGGUGUUAAUGGAGAAUUUCAGAAGGGCAAUAGGUUUACGUAUGAAAGAAAAUAAAGAAGUGUAUGAAGGAGAGGUGAUUGAACUCACUCCUGAAGAGGGAGACAACUUAACAGGUGGAUAUGGUAAAAGUAUAAGUCAUGUUAUCAUUGGGUUAAAAUCUGUCAAGGGAACUAAGCAUCUGAAGCUUAAUUCAACCAUAUAUGAUGCCUUGAUCAAGGAAAAGGUAGCUGUUGGUGAUGUCAUAUACAUUGAGGCUAACCGUGGGACAGUUAAAAGAGUUGGAAGAAGUGAUGCUUUUGCUACGGAAUUUGAUCUCGAGGCAGAUGAGUAUGUUCCACUACCUAAGGGAGAAGUUCACAAAAAGAAGGAGAUAGUUCAGGAUGUAACACUGCAUGAUCUGGAUGUUGCAAAUGCUCAACCUCAAGGGGGACAAGAUAUUUUAUCCUUAAUGGGGCAGAUGAUGAAACCUAGGAAAACAGAGAUUACGGAUAAGUUACGACAAAAAAAUAACAAGGUUGUUAACCGUUACAUUGAUGAAGGUGUUGCAGAACUUGUACCUGGUGUUUUAUUUAUUGACGAGGUACACAUGAUGGAUAUAGAGUGUUUUUCGUACUUAAAUCGUGCUCUUGAGAGCUCACUUUCACCUAUAGUAAUUUUUGCCACAAAUAGAGGAAUAUGUAAUGUGAGGGGAACAGACAUGUUAAGUCCUCAUGGAAUUCCUGUGGAUUUGUUAGACCGAGUGGUAAUUAUAAAGACAGAAACAUAUGGUCCGACUGAAAUGAUACAGGUUCAGAACCCAUUUCACAAAUAA